AUGGCUGCCACUAAAUUGACCUGGCUGAUCACCGGCGCCUCAUCAGGUUUGGGCAGGUCGAUUGCCUCGCAAGCUCUUCAAGCUGGAAAUAAGGUGAUUGGAACCACACGCGAUGUCAGCAAGGCCGAAAUCACCUAUCCGGAAUUUUCGGCGAAGGGUGGUAUUUGGAUAGGCCUCGACCCUGCCCAAGAUGAUGCGUACGAUCAAUUUGCAAAGUGCUCUCGUGAGCACGACGUGGAUGUUCUGGUGAACAGUGCCGGAUAUGCUUUCAUCGGUGGUGUGGAGGAUACAAGUGAACAAGAUGUCCGCGAUCAAAUGGAGGUGAACUUCUAUGGGCCUCUUCGUGCUGUCCGAGCCUGUCUGCCAGUCAUGCGUGAAAAAGGCUCGGGCCACAUCAUUCUAAUCAGCAGCGGCGCCGGAUUCAUUGCACGCCCUGGACGAGGGACUUAUUCGGCUAGUAAAUUUGGAAUCGAGGCUUUUCACGAAUCCCUAUCCCACGAGGUCAGGACCCUCGGAAUCAAAGUCCUAAUUGUGGAGCCUGGGGCUUUUAAAACCCCAUUUGCGACUCGUCAGGUUGUUCCUGUGGCAUUUGAGAAUGGCUUCAGCGACGGCUACAAGGGCACACCAGUUGAGGCGAUGCUCAACAUGUCUCGAAAUCUUACGGUUGUUCCGGACUGGCUUAAAGGAGACCCAGAGAAAGCAGCGAAAAUAAUUAUAAACGCUACAGUUGAUGGGUAUGAUUAUCUUCGACUGCCACUUGGAAAGGACUGUGUGGCUGCUUUGGAAACGAAGAUUGGGGAGUUACAGAGAGACUUGGACGCCACACGAUCAAUCGCCAUAACCACCGAUGCUGAUUGA